AUGGUGGCGGCGCUGAACCAUCCUGCCAACCAGGCCGAUGGCACCUCCUUUCUGGAGUCACAAAUGGCGCUGGGGCGCUGGUCCAUGCAAGUGCUGCACUACCCUGCCAAGGACUUGUCCGAGCAUCAUCAGUUCUUGCAGAUCCUAGCCAACAGCGAUGAAUCCUCGAUCCGCAACAUGCGCCUGACCGAGAACAUGUGUGAGGGCAGCUCCUUCGUCGCAGCCUACCGGGG